CAGAUCGAUAUUCUUUCUCAGGUACAGCCAUGUAAAUGCUAUCGGAGAAUUAGUUAAUAUAGGUCUAGUAGGUAGUAGUAAAUGUUUUUACGACGUCUGUUGCCGAACAUUAAAAGUUGGGAGAAGUUGUCAUUUGUUACCUUCUGCUAUGUAAUCUAGUUUUGAUGAAACAGCCUCACCUCAAUCACAACUAAACCGUCCAGCCAACCACUAGCGCCAUCUGUCUACCUGACUGAGAAGAAAACAGAUCAAAGGGGAAAAAACCGGAUCGAGUCAACCCAAGCCAUCGCUUUUAGCGAAUAGCGCUUCGUGCCUGAAAGGGGGGAAGUCAUCGCGUCAAGCAGAACGCCCAUUGCAACAGCUCUUCUCAAUCCUUUCGUACCGUUGCGCGCUGAGUCGGCACAGACGGUUCUGACGGUACUAUGGCCAUGGUCAACAAUUUCAGCAACGUCAAGGAUUCCCGUUGGUUACAAUUAGAAGUGUGUAGGGAAUAUCAACGUAACAAGUGCAACAGGCAGGACAGUGAUUGUAAAUUCGCCCACCCUCCGACUCACGUGGAGAUACAGAAUGGAAAAGUGAUCGCUUGCUACGAUUCCAUUAAGGGUCGUUGCAAUAGGGAGAAACCACCUUGUAAAUACUUCCACCCGCCUCAACACUUGAAGGACCAGUUACUGGCCAAUGGUAGAACCCAUCUGGCCCUGAAGAAUGCUCUGAUGCAACAGUUGCCGUUGCAAACCGUGUUGCCUGGCCAGCUCCCAGCAGUGGCCACGACCAAUCCUUACAUGACUAGCCUGCCAUCUAUUGCAACAUCGUCCUCGUACGGUCCCUACUUGACCCCAAGUCCUGUCAUGCCUGGAAUGGUUCCUGCUGAUGUUAUGGCCACACCACUUAGUGUUGUUCCUACCUCUCUGGUGGCUGCUCAUAAGCUACCUCGGGCUGAUCGACUGGAGGUAUGUCGGGAGUAUCGGCGUGGUAACUGCAAGCGUGCCGAUACUGUGUGCCGCUUCGCUCACCCACCCGACCACGUGACCAUUGACAGUACAGAAGGUAUGGUGACAGUGUGCAUGGACUACGUGAAGGGUCGCUGCACGCGGGAUCAGUGUCGCUACUACCAUCCCCCGCCACAUUUGCAGGCACAGCUAAAGGCUGCUCAAACAAGAGCUAACACAGCUGCUCUGGCUUUUCCUGGAAUGGUUCCUUACACGAAACGUCCAGCUCUAGAUAAAAAUGGCCUCCCAGUCUAUCAGCCAAGUGGUACUACUUAUGUGCAGCAAGCUUUGGCCUUGCAAGUGCAGCAACCCUUUGUGCCUGUGUCAUUUACUGGACACCCUGCAAGUCUGCCAAGAUUUUAAGUUGGCCAUUUAAACAAGAUUAGUGCUAUUAUUGGUAUAGGUAAGUGUUAAAAAUAAAUAAAUUUUUUAAGAUUUAAUAUUUAUGUAACAUUAUAAUUAGUAUAUUUUUGAAUAUAUAUGCCCAACUCUUUUUUUACACGGAAGAUACAUUCCUCAAAACAUCAUGUAAAAAAACAGUGCAAAAAAAUAUAUUUCCUAUAGUAGAAUGGGAGAUACAUUCCAAGUUAUUAAAAAACCAUGUAAGAUGAAAUAAAUAACUAUAUUUCAUUCAAAAAACCAUGUAAAAAAGUGUGUUUCUUCUAGUACACCUGUUUUGUCAGUGUUGAAAAUCUGGUCAGGAACAUAGACACCCUCUCUUAUUAUUUUGGCUAGUUUUUCUGAAAAGUUCUUGGUAGUGUUUUCAUCAACAGAUGCAAUUUCCCCUUUAAUUUUAAUAUUGUGAAAUACAUUUUUUUAAAAAUCCUGUCAGCCAUCUUUCACUAACAGAAAAUUCCUUCUUUUUACCUUGAGUUGCUUGAAGAUUUGUUGAUGGAUCUGAUUCCUGUAGUUUUUUUUUUAUAAAUUUUAGUGCCUUCUGCUUUAUAAUAUUUCCAUCCACAGACAACCUCUUUUGCACUAAAUCCUCAAUCCAAAGCACCAAUAAAUUUUCCAUUUUUUCUAAGAUUUUUUCUAAUCUCUACUGUACAAUGAUGCUUUUGAGCUAAGUUUUGAUCCACAGAUGAUAUAUUUUCAUAUAGAAUUCUCAUUUUUCUUAAUCUUUCUGACAGUUUCUUCAUUUAAGUCAAAAAUUUUGCCCACAGAUCUUGAACCUUCAUGAUUUGUGGUUCCAAGUUUUUUAUUUUUGUUCUAGUGAGAUUACUUUUCUUAUUCUUUCCUUUCUAAUUUUAGACAUUUUAAACUCGUAAUCUACUGUAAAAAUUAUAAGUAAAAUAUUUUAGUCAGACUUGUAAAACUUGUAAAUUAGAAAUACCACAAACUUGUAAAAAAAUCAUUUCUACCUUAUUCUUUAAUAUAACUAAUUAGCAUGACCUAUGCACUGCACUCAGAUGAAAACAUUAUGGGCUAAUGACACUUCAAAAACCUUACUUGAACUAAUAAAUUACUUUUCAUUAACUCUAUCUUCCUUUUGUUUCAUUUGCACACAUUGAUGAUAAUUCUUUAUUCUACUUUUAAUUUUUUUUAUUUUAUUAAAUUUUUAAAUCCCGUCAGAGGUUUUUCUUUGACCGUGUUAUUUCAAAAUCAUGUAAAAAAAAGAGUUAGGUGGGUAUAUUUUUUCAAAUUUUUAAAAUAUUUAUAAUUUUAUAUUUGAAUUUAGAAUUAGGUAAAAAAUAAAAAAUCAAUAGGGUUUUUGGUUAUAAAUUGACAUAAUUUGUAAUCAGAUUCUGAUAUACAAAAUUAUGAAAUAAUCCAAAUAACUUAUUUAGAAUAAAUGAGAACUGUAAUUUUAUGUAGACUUUGUGAUGGUGCAGGUUAUCUUCCAAUUUUAACUUGUAGUUAGAAACUUAUCAAACUGCUUUUCCUUUGUCUAAACUUAACCAAAAAUUCUUUAAAAAAUAUGAAAAAUACAUUGCAUAUAACUGACAGUCAUUUGCCAUUCCAAUUUCAAUUUUUCUCCAAACAAUCAAAGACAUGUAUGCAUAUGCCUUGUCUUUGAUUCUCUUCUCUUAAUUUUUGUACAUCAAUCCACACUUUAAUAUUAUUAGAUAUUCCUACUUGAGCUUGAUAUGUUUUGAUAAUUUUUGAUAAUUCUUCCCAGAGCCGUAACUAGGGUAUGGCCAAUGUGGCUCCCGCCAUAGGUGCUGAUUUAAUAAAGGCACCAAUAAGAAGGUUUCGGAAUAAUAUGUAUUCGAAAUUAAUAACACAAAAAAUUUUUAUAUUUAUAUUUAUAUACUAUUUAAAUGUUAUUAGAU